AAGACCCCGCCCCAUCGACAAGAUGCCAAUGCGGAAAAUCGUGAUGUUGGGCGCCAAUGCUCGUACGCAAAGAUCAGUAUCGUCUAUACAGCUUCCCGCCGAAUACUCACCUUCUGCGUCUUCUGCACCAUAUUUCAAUUAUUCACCUGACGAUUUCAUUUUGGAUUUGAGAAGUCAUCAAUCGGACGAGAUUUAUGAGAAUGGAAAUUCUAAUCACGAGAAAGAUGAAAAGAAAGCGCUCAAAGAACUUCUUCAUGAGCGAUGGGAAAACGCGAAACAGUACAAUGCAUUCAAUUAUCCACUGAACUGCAUGUACAGAUGUCUCGAUGGAAAAUAUGAUUUAUCAAUGCAGCUGAACAUUGAGCGAGGCGAAUUGCGACGGAAGCCUAUGCACUUCAAAAAUAUCAAAGAACCCUUCAACCACUUGAGAUUUAAUUUUGCCAAGUUGCAUGAUCAUGAGAUACUCUUCUACUUGAAAUGCGACACGGAUCCUAUCAGCAAUGAUCUUCUAGACCGUCAUUUAGUAGCUGUGAAUGCAUCACCACUGGAAAGAGACCAUUCAUUGAUUGUUCCAUCUGUAAACAAGUGUAGUCCACAAGUAUUAACCCUUCAAGCAGUACGGAUAGCUGUUGAUCUCAUGCUUCUUGUGGAUGAUGAUAUGUUCCAUAUUCUUUUCAAUAGUCUUCUUGGACAAGCUUCCGUAAAUCACUUGCAUCUUCAUGCAAUGUAUUGGCCAUACGACUCUGAUCUCAUAAAUCGAAAAUGUGAACCUCUUCAUGAUGUACCUAAUGUGUAUGUGAUUCGACCGCCUGUAUGGAUUUGCCCUGCCAUCGUUUUUCAGCUCGACAGCCUUGACAACUAUGAGCAAUUCAAAAUGAACAUCUACAAAUGCGUCGAACACUUAACAGAAUCGAAUCAGGCUCACAAUUUGUUCCUUGCCAGAGCACAACCAAUAAGAACGACAGGCGCUGAAAAAGAAGAAGAUCGACGAGGAGAACGUCCCCAAUUGGUGACAUGCUAUGUGUUCCCUAGAAUGAACAUGAUUGGUGCAAAACCUCCGUCGAACUUCAAUCCAGCUGCAAACGAGCUUGCUGGAAAUUUGACGUCUUACACUAUUCGUUUCUUCGAAUCGGCUAACGAGCAAUCAGUGAUUCGAAUUAUUGAAGAAGAGGCAUCAUUAGAUGAUGACACUUUUAGGAGUCUCUGCUUCGACUUGGCUGACGUAUUGAUAGGAAGGUCAGUGGGCACAUCACGACCUCAAGACCUGGAUACACUUGCGGGUUUGACGUCACCGGAAAUCGACGAACUUCGCGACUCAUUCCAGUCCUUCAUGCCACGUUCGCCAUCCAUCAGGCAUCGAAGUUCGACACGAGCUCAAUCUGACGAGGGAUCGAAAUGAUGUGAAAAUUAUUACUUAAUUAUCUUCCAAAUUGUUCCAUAUCUGUUUUCGAGAUGAAUGGUUUACAGCUUU